AUGUCACCACAAUUCAACAACCCCUAUUCACUUAAAGAAUAUGUGAGAAUUAGAGGCCUUCCUGUGUUUCACGGAGAUGAAUGGGGGCACGUGUCAGCACCGUCACGACAACACCUCCGCAUCGAUCAUCGAACAAGGUUGGGCCAAUGCAACCCCUCCGAGACCUUUGGCGGCGGUCUUCAGAUCCUUUGCCACCGGGCCCCGGCCACACCGGAAGCGCCGGCGCCGGGCCGGAAAAGCCAAGAUCGGGAUCUCGAUAUUCGAGGCCCAAUUCAACCCUCUCAUCGCAUCGCGAAAUACUCGGCCCCGGCUACAUAG